GGAAAGUCCUUCGCAGACCAAGACUUCCCAGUAACCUUGCUUUUGGGCCCUAUUUUAGCCUUCUUCUCGCUGCCUUCUUAUUACUUCUUUGACGUCUCUCCUCAUUCCAUUCGCUGCGCUCCCUCCUUAAAUCCCUUCAAUAUUCCAUUUCUCUCGCCUGUGAACUCUCCGCCACACUCAUGGAAGAACACCGCCCCAAACGUUCUCGCUUCGAUCAGACCGAGCCUGAUUCGCGGCGCUCGUCUCGCUUCGACCGUCGCUCUCGAUCUCCGUCGUCGCGACAAACCGAAUCUGCUCGAGCCCGCAGCCCCCUUAGUCGAGAGCCUCGCAGUCCCAGCGCAGACCCUGCGAAGAAAUCCGAUCCUGCUGCCGCUGCUGCCGCCGCUGCGGCUAAGAUCAACGCCCAGUUGCAAGCGAAGAAAGGAAUUCAGCAUGUUGACGUUCCCCCAAUUCGCUCGUCCGGAAGUCCUAUGCCCAAGUCUGGUUCGCCUGGGGACGUCGAUGCUUCAGGGAAGCUGAACGCCGAAAUCUACGUUGCCGAUGGAGACUAUAUCAAGGAUAUCGAGAUCAAUGAUUUGCGCAACCGCUACACGCUGACCAAAGGCUCUACUCAGAAGAUGAUCAAGGAAGAAACUGGCGCCGAUGUCACUACCCGAGGAAACUACUACCCCGAUAAGAGCAUGGCCACGGCCGCGAACCCUCCGCUUUAUCUUCACGUCACGAGCACGAACAAGGAAGGCCUCGAGAAAGCUGUCGCCCUGAUCGAUGAGCUCAUGCAGAAGGAGCUUCCCAAUUUGGUCGAUGAGCGACGAUUCCGCCGGCGAGAGCCGGAACAGGUAGAGCGUGAUGAGUUUGGUCGUCGGAAAUGGCCUGAGGAACGCAUUCCCGUUGACCUCGAGCCCAUCCCAGGUUUCAACCUCCGCGCUCAGGUCGUUGGCCAGGGCGGCGCAUAUGUCAAGCACAUUCAGUCGAAGACCCGCUGCAAGGUCCAGAUCAAGGGCCGUGGAUCUGGCUUCAUGGAACCCAGCACAGGCCGAGAGAGCGACGAACCUAUGUUCUUGCACGUCGCUGGCCCCGACCCCAAUGACGUCCAGAGUGCCAAAGAGCUAUGUGAGGACCUCCUUGCCAACGUCCGUGAGCAAUAUCAGCGCUUCAAGGAGAACCCGCCCCAGCACAGUUACGGCGGUUAUGGUCAGCGUGGCGGCGACCGCUAUCACGGAGGAGGUUAUGGCGGCGGCGGCGGAGGCUAUGGCGGCGGCUACGGAAACCACCAUCACAGCAGAGACAACAAUAGCCACAAUUCUCCGUCUGCAUCGGCGAGCCCAUCCACACAGGGUGCCCUAGGGGCCUCGGGAUCGGGUACUCCCAGCGCGGCGGACUACAGCGCCCAGUAUGCCCAGUAUUAUGGAUCGGAUCCGUAUGCAGCCUACGGUGGGUACCAGAACUAUGUCGCCUACUACCAGUACUACCAGCAGGCCGCUGCUCAGCAGCAACAGCAGCAACAGUCCCAGAGCCCUGCUCCUCCCCCGCCUCCUCCUGCCGCCGAGGCUCCUCCUCCCCCGCCUCCGGGCUCUGGCUCCCCUCCACCCCCUCCGCCUCCAGGCGGCAGCUACAGUGCAGUCCCGCCUCCCCCAGGAUUGUAAUUCUAUAGCUAAAGCUACGCACUUGACAAGCAACCUAACAACCCCGUAUACUACAGAGCCAGACUGAUAAUCACCACGCGCAGAACGUGCAUUGAAGGAAACUACAGUCAUUUUAGCUGCUUACCUACUUACCUACCCAAUCAGCGCCUGCAUCACGCCGAAAUCUAGCUGGCUACUAAAACCGUCCGACUGACUGAUUUGCUUGGCUAGUAUUUGUAGUAUCUGAUAUGUUUCACUUAACCUUCCUGGCUUGCCCUACUGGGUCACUUGGUGGUGGUGGUGGUGCUGCUGCUACUCGACUUCUGUAGAGAGCCCCAAACCGGAAAUUAUAGUCCCUGAGGUGUCCUACGAUGCAUGACCAUUCAUUCUUGUUGACUUAGAAAAAGCUUAUCCUAUAUUGAUUUCUAGCCC